AAUUCAAAAUUAGUCACUUGAGCGAGAUUAUUUACUCAAUUUAUAUAAAAACAAGCUUUUUUUAUACUUAACCAUAUUUAUUGAGCUCCCAAAAAUGUGGGAGCAGCUGAAUAAAUAUCGCAAUCAUUUUCUGCAACACGAAAUUAAAGAUGUUCUAACACCGAGUUCCAUAAAUUCGUUACAAAAUAAGGAAUGGCAAUCAUUUAUGGAGAAACGCAACAGGUGCAAGAGCUUCCCGCAACACUGCACCAAAAGUUCCACUUACUUUGAGGAUCGAGCUCAAUUGGCCUACGGCUGGUUUGCCCUGCCCAAGCUGAUGAGGGAAAUGGAUAGCGAUGAUAAUUUGACACACUGGCGAGCCAUUUACUCGCUCUCCGAGUUUCUGCUUAAUCCACUUAAUGCUCAACGUGCUAUUUUAGAGAUGGAAAUAGUUAGAAAGUUAAAGAAUGCUUUUAUGCGAUUGUGCCUCAAAUUUCAUAAAGAGGAACAUGAGGAAAUGAAGAUAUAUCUAAAGAUUUUUAACAUUAUUUCUCGCAAUUUAAAUGGUGCUGAACAAAUCGCCAAUCGCAAAUGUUUAAUGAUUGAGUUCUAUAAGAUUGCUGGGAGCAAGGAAUCCGAAAAGCAAGAUCUCGCUGCGGAGAUACUACGCAAUUUAACAGGCCAACCAAAGGUGCUUGGCAUUGUUAUCAAAGAUGAGGAAAACCUUGGCUAUAUAGCAAAUAUCUUUAAGCAAGAUCCUUGUCGGCCGUAUUAUCCCGCAGAUCUCUGGCAUCAUCUGUGCCACAUGUUGGAGCUGGCGCCCCAGUUGGGCAUCGAUUUGGGUUUCUUUGAACUGCUGCAUUCGCGAAUUGAGAACAGAUUGCCCCUGUUCUGGGAGAUGAAUAGCAAAGCAUUUGCGUUGCUCCUGCGCUGCGAGGAGGGUCAGCGUCGCUUCGACAAGCUCGAUGUGAUCCAGCUCAUCUACGAAGUGUUCGAGGAGGUUUACGUUGACAAGUCAAAGAAACUGCCCGGCCAGUUUGUGGAGAACUAUGAGUAUCUGAUACUGAUCCUGAUGGAUGGACUGCACAGCAAGCGUGCCCUUUGGCGCAUACGAGAGUUCACCAUGUUGACCUGUCAUGUGGCGCGUCGCAUGGCCAGCAAGCGAACCACGAAUCCUCGAAUCCAGCUCUACGGUCUGAAGACACUACGGAACAUGGGCACGAUGCCCUGUGUGCGGCGCUACAUCAUCGGCAAUUGGCUGACGGAGAUCUGUGAGAUGAAGUGCCUCGAUGCGGAGGCGGAGUGUGCCAGGGAUGCACUGCUUGAUUGGCUGCGUCGCGAUAUUGCCGACAGCAGCAGCUAAGCUCGAUUUCGAUUUGAUGUAGAUUCAAAAGAUUUAUGUUUUGGGAUUGUAAAAGUUGUAUAACGAAUUAAAGUUUCUUCAAAUUGUUUUGUGCGCGCAUCUAAUGACUUAUUUAUUUAA